GCCACAAUCCGCCCAGCUUUUAGGCCGUCAGCCCAUGAAACUAAUCCAGUGGCAGCAUACUCGCUUCCAGGACGCUUCCGGGAGAUCCCCUAGCUUGUCUGCUCUGAUAUAGUUCCAUAAGACCCUUAGGUAGGGCAGAUCCGAACUCUUCAUUCCAUUCUAUGCAUCUUCACUUUUCAUAAUCAUUGUAUCCAUCAUGGCGAUGAGUACUGCGGAAGAGGCAAAUCGCGACGCCUGCACUGGUGUCGCGACGGCCUUUACUAUCGUCUCAAUUGUCAUUGUGGGUCUUCGAGUGUACGCACGCACAGUCGUCGUUCGGAACUUUGGCAAGGACGAUUGGGCUAUGCUCGGGGCAUUGUUGUUCACCAUCGCCUAUCUCGUCGCGAUCUUCGUUCUCCGUGCCAAUGGCAUGGGCUUCAGCGGCGCAGUCUUGAGUUUGGACCAAAUGACGGUCCUCAUCAAGACUACUUUGGCUAUCGAGAUCAUGUACUAUGUACUCAUCUUCUGCGUCAAAGUAUCGAUCCUGUUCUUCUAUCUUCGCAUUGCCGCCAACAAGAGCUUUGAGCUUGGAUGCAAAGCAACGAUAUACUUCCUCGCGGUUUUCACUGUUGUCUGUGUGAUCGCGUGCGUAACACAAUGUGUUCCGCUCCAUAAGAUGUGGGACUUCCUCGGCGUAGUGCAAGGCCACUGUAUCAAUACCACAGCGCUCUUUUAUUCAACUAGUGCGAUCAACAUCAUAACCGAUAUCUGGAUCAUUGCCCUCCCUAUCAAAACACUUUGGUCCAUCCAACGCCCUACUCACGAGAAGUUCGCCCUCAUCUUCGUCUUCAGCCUGGGCAUCUUCUCCUGCAUCGCCUCCAUCGUACGCCUCCACUCGAUCCGUAUCUACACCCAGUCUCCCGACCCCUUCUACGACAGCGUGCCCAUCAACCUCUGGUCCAUGAUCGAAGUCAACAUCGGCAUCUGGUGCGCAUCGAUCCCCGCGCUGAAGGCUCUCAUCACGCACCGCCGCCGCGGCGAUACACAAGCAAGCGGCGCAUACAAGUACCACAGCCGGGAUAAGAGCGGAGCUAAGAUCUCAGGAGGUAUGAUUGGCGGGAGCGGCGGGAGCUCUAGCGCAAGGUCACAGGGCAUGCCGGUGGAUAUAUACGAUUUGAAGACCUUUGAGGAGACGGGUAGUGUACAGAGCCCGCAGCAGGCGGUGCGGAAGAAGAGCAAUGUGGAUAGCGAGUGGAGUGCGGAUUCGCAGGAGCGCAUUAUUGAGCAUGCUAGGGUUUGAGGGAGGGACUGUGACGCUGCUGUACGGAUAGCUGGGAUUUGGGCGUCUGGUCCUAUUG